GUUUACUGGCAAACAAAGCCCAUCCCUACGCGGCUCUCGAGCUUGUUUCCGGAGUGAAAUGUCGUUGUACAAAGCCCAGACCUCAAGGGUUGGCCUUGGUCGGCUUUUAUCAGCACCCAAGGAGGAAAGAAAAGCAGUUGCAGUUGGAUGAUGAGUAUCUCCGGGCAAAGGCCGGGGCUUCAGAGGAAUCGAAAACAAAAGAAAAAUGCAUUCGCUGUAACCGAUUGCUAGGAAGGCGGCUUGGCCAAACCCAUAAUUUUUGACUCAGGCUUUCCCCUUCGGUACAUUUUGAGUGGGAAGACAGGAAGCGUCAAACUGCUUCAAGCUGGGGGAGGUUGCUCGCUGCCUCCAGCCAUGACCCCUCAACAGCCUCGUAAGCCCUUAGACUGCCUUUGAGCUCCCAAGCUGCGAUCCCCGCAGAGGUCAGUGGAUGUGAGCUGCCACCUUGGGCAGUUCUCUACCUGCGAUGGGGAAAGGAACCCAAAAGCCAACACCUUCAGACCAGGAGGAAGCCUUGAACAUCUGCAAUGGUGGAAAGAAAGAGUACAAAUGGGCGUCCAACAUCAAGAAGUCAGACUGGGAAAGAUUCUGCUCGUCACGGGUUUGCAUCCUGGUGUGCGUGGUGCUGCUGGUGCUCCUCAUCAUUGCCUUGGUUGUUGUAUCUUUGAGAACCCAUUCACCUCCUCUGGAAUUCUCCUACGUGUGCCCAGAUGCCUGGCUUGGUUUCCAAGGGAAAUGCUAUUAUUUUUCUGAUGCUGAGAAAAAUUGGACCGCCAGUCAGGAAAGCUGUGAGGCCCUGGGAGCGUCACUGGCCUUCAUAAGCAGCAUGGAUGAAAUGAACUUUGUUAAGCGCUACAAAGGCAAAGCUAACCACUGGUUUGGGCUGCGAAAGGAGAAGGACAACAACUGGUGGUGGACCAACGGCACCGUCUUCAACAACUGGUUUGAGGUGCGCGGGGGCGGCCUCUGUGCGUACCUGAACGAGGAGAGGAUCAGCUCCUCCCUCUGCCACACAAAGAAGAACUGGCUCUGCAGCAGACCCGACAACUACGUCCUCUGGAAGCAGAAAGCACAUCCGUGAUGGAAGACCCCAUAAAGAGCAGCUUCAUCCCAACUCUCCAACUGGAAAUUGAAAUGGAGAUGAGUGCUCUUUUUCUCGGUAAAACCUUACACCAGCAUUUAAAAGCUUGUAUUUUCCUAGGAGUUUUCUGCUCAGACAGGCUGGACUCUCACUGAUAUGUUGCUGCUGCUCAAUCAUGGCAUCACAGAAAGCUUUUUGCGCGUGCUUUCAAAUAUUUUGCCCAUCAGCCAGCCAGAUCCAGCAGCAAUUCCCCUGAGCGAAUGAAUCGUGGUGAUUUUGUCGUUAGUUGUAACAGGAAGAAAAAAGAAGUGGAGUGGGUUGGGUGAGAUGGUGGGUUUGGAUUGGCUCAGAAUCUUUUAGAGGCAGGGUAUUUUUUUACAAAAGCAAAAUAAAUUAAAAAAAUCCCAAACCAAACCCCUAAAAAAAUUUAAAAAAUCAAACC